UGUGACCUGUAAUAAAAUAUUGUGAUGGCUGAUACCAAGAUCACCCUCUCCUUACCUGAUACUACGAUUACGGACCAAAUCAAGUUCGGUAAGCGGAGAAAGUGGGCCCGUUUUGGUCACGUACAACAAAUGGUUUCAAACUUGAGAAAAGCGAGGGACGUUGUACUCAAUCUCGUAUGAUGUUGUGUAUCCAGUGUCGCUUCAAAUGACCACCACUUUAAUGUCUCUACUGGCGGAACUCACCAGGCUCGCAAGUAUGCAUCGCUGGUUACACUGACCGUGCAGAAUACUGCGUUCAACUUGACGAUGCGCAUGGCUCGAACCCAGAAGGACUUAUUCAUUUCGAGUACCGCCGUCGUAAUGUCAGAGCUCAUCAAGCUAGUCGCCUGUCUGGCCAUGGUCCAUUCUGACGAGGGCACCACCUCCGAAUGGCUGGCCGCGCUGCACCGUACUGUGCUGUCACAGCCGCUCGACACCCUCAAGGUUGCUGUGCCGUCUCUCGCCUACAAUAUUCAAAAUAACCUUCUCUACAUUGGUGCCACUCACUUAGAUGCAGUGACCUUCCAGGUAAUAUACCAGUUGAAGAUCUUGACAACAGCCAUCUUCUCCAUGAUCCUACUCAACAAGAAGAUCAGCCCAGUUCAAUGGGUGGCACUUUUUGUGCUCUUCUCCGGAGUGGCCUUGGUUCAGGUGGCCCAGAUCGAUGCCCCAUCAACCAAUCCGUCUGGUCGCGAGCAGCGCCCUCUAUUUGGCUUCGGAGCCAUUGUGGUUGCCUGCUGUCUUUCUGGCUUUGCAGGAGUGUACUUUGAACGUAUCCUCAAAGGGAGUGACAUCUCUGUCUGGAUGCGGAAUGUCCAACUGAGCACGUUUGCCGUGCCGUUCGGUCUCCUGACGACGUUCCUCAGCGACGCGGAUGACGUCCGGGAGAAAGGAUUCUUCUUCGGUUAUGGACCUUUGAUUUGGAGCGUAAUUGUCCUCAACGCCAUUGGUGGGCUUGUGGUGGCAGUAGUGAUGAAAUAUGCGGACAACAUCCUGAAGGGCUUUGCAACAUCCUUGGCCAUCAUUGCUUCCUGUGUAGUGUCCAUGUACGCCUUAAACUUUCAGCUGACUUGGAAGUUUGGUGUCGGAGCUGCACUAGUGAUGGCUUCGAUCUUCCUGUACAGCAAGCCGCAGGCGACGACAAUAAGUCCGGCGGCUCGGAAGGCGUGAGUCCAUUGUUUCUCUGCAGCGGUUAAACAUGGGCAUACUAGCUGCAAUUGAAAUACUAGCUGCAGUAGAUAGCAUUCCCUUGAGAAUUUGUAACAAACGAGAAAGAUGACGCAGUGGACUUGUGCCAUGUCUCUUGGAGCUUCCCCAAGCUCAGGUCAUUAUUUGUUGCACCUGGACACCCUCUUGCUUGUGUUGUAAAUCCACGUUAAAUGAGAGGCUCAUAUUGGUACCCUGAGUAUUGAAUGGCAGUCUUCAGGCACAGAGCAAAGCAGAACUUGCAAUAGGACAACAUACUUGCAGUUGGACAUACAAUAGGAAAAUUGGACAAUUGAUCAUACACCUCCAGUCAGCCAGGCGCAUUAUCAGCUCUACUUGAAAGCAGUCGAUGUACCCUUUUCCUCUACUAAACCAGUCUUGCAGAGCCACAAGAGCAAUAUGGGCAAUGGCGGCAUUCCCUAGGCAACCUAUUUUCCAUACGGAUAAGAGCACAGAACCACGACCACAAGACGAGAUGUACCCAUGUACACAACGCAGUGUGCUUACCGACAACAGUUGAUUUCCUUACGAACACGAGACAAGGUGAAUGUUGAUCUCUCCCUAUUAUUUUUAUCAUCAACAUCAACAUUCCUUUUCAACUGUUGACACCUCGUCUCGUGCUUGUGGUCUUAGUGCUCUUAGCCCUAUAGAAGCCAAAUGCCAACAAGCUCAAUAUAUAUGUCUAUAUAUGUCUCCCAACAUACUCUUUCAUUUUUUUUUGCUAUGCUGUCUUCAUCGUGCUCUUCAGCUGCAGCUCACACCAUUGAUUUAGAGAAAGCUGGAUGGAGAAGGAGUGGAAAUAUGUCACUGGGCGUGAGCAACAUUAACUCCGACUGGCAGGCUGGAGCACAAGAGUAGAGAUCUACACUCCAGAAGAGGAGCGAAACCGUACAGUAAAAACGAAUGUGUGUCCAGCACUUUGGAACUGCACCAAUGCACUGACUCAUAUCUAGGCAACCAAUCAAUAACUAGGCUUAUCAAUACUUAAUUGUAGCCCAGAGCUUUAUGGUAUCCUAGAAUUGACGGGACUUGCGGAAGGGCCAUUUAGACCAAUAUUGUAUUUAAACCAA